GAGGGGGUGCCAUGCGCAUGCGCGGCGGCGCGCGGUCUUUGAGCGGCUGCUGACAGUGAGGCUGAUGGCGGACACCGAGUCCCCGCCGCCCGCGGGGCAGCGGAUCAGCCCCGCCAAGAACUUCUUCGCCGGAGGGUUCGGGGGAAUGUGUCUGGUGCUGGCGGGGCACCCGCUCGACACUAUUAAAGUACGGUUACAGACUCAGCCAAAGUCACUGCCUGGCCAGUCACCAAUGUUCAAGGGGACCUUUGACUGCUUCAGAAAGACGCUGGUUCAAGAGGGCUUCCGAGGUCUAUAUAAGGGAAUGGCUGCACCGAUCAUUGGAGUCACGCCAAUGUUUGCUGUGUGCUUCUUUGGAUUUGGCUUGGGGAAAAAACUGCAACAGAAGAGGCCUGAUGAGGUCCUCACGUAUCCACAGCUGUUUGCUGCAGGAAUGCUCUCUGGAGUUUUCACGACAGUAAUCAUGGCUCCUGGCGAGCGGAUCAAGUGCCUUCUGCAGAUUCAGGCAACCUCUGGUGAGAAAAAGUAUGCCGGUCCCAUGGACUGUGUCAAGCAGAUCUACAGAGAAACUGGCAUUCGAGGCAUUUACAAGGGCACUGUUCUUACCCUCAUGAGAGAUGUCCCAGCGAGUGGGAUGUACUUCAUGUCGUACGAGUGGCUGAAAACUGUAUUAACCCCUGAGGGAACGAGUGUGAAUGAUCUCAGUGUACCCAGUAUCCUCUUUGCUGGUGGCGUAGCUGGAAUCCUUAACUGGACAGUUGCGAUUCCACCGGACGUACUGAAGUCCAGAUUCCAGACAGCUCCUGAAGGGAUGUAUCCCAAUGGAUUCCGUGACGUACUGCGAGAGCUGGUCAGAGAGGAAGGCAUCGUUUCACUCUACAAAGGCUUCACCCCGGUGAUGCUCCGAGCCUUCCCAGCCAACGCGUCCUGCUUCCUUGGCUUUGAGGUCGCCAUGAAGUUCCUGAACUGGUUGGCGCCUGAUCUCUGAGUGUGGAACGUUGAGGAUUGAGAUACUACCUGCCUUUCAAUUGUGAAAUUAAUGAUUCUGAAGAAAAAUUGCACUUGCCUUAACUUCUAUCGUGGACGACUGUGGCUUCCGUAAAACUAAUGUUUAAUUAGCCAUAUUUUAGCAGUAAUAUAUUACGUGGAGCAGGAAUUAAUGGAUUUUAAAAUCAGCGAAGGUUACAGACAUGCUUGAGAGGUACAGGGGCUUGUCUCGUGUUAAUUGUUUCCAUUGCUGCACAAUCAUUUUCGGAGGAAAUCAAACGAUUUAGAUCUAGGUUUCUGCUUGUUCUGAUUAGCAGUGUGUUUUUUUUUGAGUAUGUGUGUCACUGUCUAGCAGGGAAUGGGAGAGAGAGAAAGCAAACCAUAUAAUGGUGAGGUGUACUAUGAAUAUACCGGGAAAAUGUAUAACCCACAGAUAACUCGCGGGAAAGAAAUUUCAUUGUAUACUAAUGGUCUAAACUUGAAUUAUGGGGAUUGUAUAAAAUGGGAGCUUAAUGUGGAUGUCCUACAAAUCUCAAUUAGUAAGGGCUCAAGAUUGAUUAUAAUCCUUGUAUUUGCUAUAUGUAGUGCCUUAUCCUGUUGAAACAUCCUGAAGCACUUUACAGUUAAACAUGGGCAGGAGCUUUGCAGACAAUAAGGUCCCAGAAACAGCCAUGAAGUCAAUGACUGAAUGAACAUGGUCCAUUUACUGCCUAAGCCUCCACCCUGCCCCAUGCGUUGAGUGGGUGGUGUAUGGGAGACAAGAUAUUGCCAGUUGGUAUUGAGCCUGGGUGGACCAUGUGUGAAAAGGUUCUCUUCGUCUGAUCUUGUGUUUAGCAAAGUGGUGCUUUUCCAGCUUCAGUAACAUAUUGCUCUGGUGAAGGGGUAACUUUCAGUGAAAACAUGACAAACCUGAAUAUUAUAAAACCGCCACUGCCCAUGAGCUAGACUUGGGAACACCUCAGUGUAUGCAAAUGCCUCUAGAAUUGUAAUAGCAGCACUGCAAUCCACCUGGAGGAGCAUGUAGGUUGAAAAGAUCUGCUUUAAUGAUGUGUAUUAAUUUUUUUUAAAUCCGAAAAACUAUCAAGCACUAUUGAGGCAUAAACAUUCGUGUAUUUUAAUGCCAGUAAUGUGCCUUCCAUUUUAUAAACACUGCUCCCAAUUUGAGCCACGUGCUGGCAAUACUGAACUGGAUCUGUGGGGAGUGGGAUGGGGUGGGGGGGCAGAAACUGCGAGAAUUUCCAGGACACUAGAAAAAGCACAAAAACUAAUGGCACUUACAGCUGGGCGUUGACCAGCCCCCAGCACUAGCUUUACAUCGUUGAUGAGGUCAUGAUGUGGAGGUGAAUUUGAAUGAAGGUAGAGAUAGUCCAUGGACCGAAAGCCUUGAGGAGCAAGACGUAGAGGCUGACUGCUGUGAGAUCCAGAGUUGCUCCUGAUCCUCAGUGUUAUAUUGAGCCCAGGAGUACUACUUGACUCAAUGGGACACUGUUAUUGGUUGACAGGUGUUUGCCACCUGGUCACAGUCCAUUGGUACCCCUCUUUUCUCCCCUUCCCUCACCCCCACUCCGGCCACCAGUUCUAGCCAUCAGGCAGCCCUAGUCUGUGCUCACUGGCUACCCAAUGUACCAUGCUCUCCAAUGAACAUUGUCUUGUGUGCAGGUGUGAGCAACUAUCAAUGCAGUUAAUCAAACUAUAUUAGUCAGCCACGCAGACUGCAAUUCUUGUGCUUUGGUUUUGAAGAUAGAGUCCGACCCUGUUGUAAAGCUUCAGAUGGAGCACAGUAACACAGCGAGUGAGCAGUGUACAGGUCUACUUUCUAAACAUGUCUUCAGACGUCAACAGUAGAAAAUCAAGAUUGGUUGCUGCUGACUGGAAGCUUUCUGUUUAGGCAACAACAAGUUGCAUUUAUAAUGCGCCCUUCAGGUGGGGCGUCCCGGAGCACUUAAGACAUAGCAUGGCUCAGUGACUUCACCAGCCCAGCACCAUGUGUUAACAGGUUGGAUUGUACAGAUGUCUGAAUUUGUGGAAUUUCUUAACCAGUUUCUUUACUAAGGAAUCCAAGCUGCUUGAGUGAGGAUUUCCUCCCAAGAAUCCAAAGUACAUUACUCCAACCUGCAACAACUCCUCUACUUCCCAAACGGAGAUCUUCCAUGGGUUUUCUUGGAGGAUACCUCAACUCGGGAACUCUGAAAAGACCUUCCGUACAUCAGACCUCAAGCUGGUGAUUUUGGAUCUAUGUUAAAUAAAUACUGCUUGAACAUUA